AUGCUGCUGAUCAGCGCCCUCCUGGGCAGCUACAUGCUGGCGAGCGGCAGCAUGGUGUACGCACAUUACAACGAGACGUCGCUGAUUCUGCGCGACAUUUUUGCCGACUACGACAAGCGCGUCAUUCCGUUUACCGACGGACCGGUGAUGGUGAACAUGACGAUCGUUCUCGGGAUACUCAUUGAGCUGCGUGAAAACGAGCAGAUAGCCGCUUACGUGAUCUCGCACACGCAACGCUGGUACGAUAGGAGGCUAUCGUGGAAUCCGUCAAAAUAUCGGGGUCAACGAGAGGUGAUCGUGCCGCAGAGUUUGGUGUGGCUGCCCAAGCUGUUCGUCUACAACAGCUUGGAGACGAACGAGAUGCUCACUCCAAACAAGGCCGAUGUUCGGCUGUACCACAACGGCGCCGUGAAGCUGAACAUGCCGGAGAAGUUGUCGUGUAUCUGCCGCAUUGAGACAGAAAUGUUCCCGUUCGAUUCGCAGUUUUGCGCGGUUGCCUUGGCGUCACCGUUGCUGAACAUUGAGGAGAUGGUGGUACACGCCACACAUCCGCCAAAAGACUCGUAUUUCACGGGCAACACCGAAUGGCACUUGUUCAACAUCACGGUCCGGCACAUGAACUUCUUGGAGGAGGGCGAGUAUCGUGUCGAGAUCCACUACAUUUUCCACCUCCAACGCCGACCCAUCUAUUACCUGACGGUGAUCGUGGCGCCGACAUUCCUCAUCUCGGCCCUCUCAAUCUUGGGAAUCUUCUCGCCCGGCUCGUCGGAUGGGCCACGAAACGAAAAGGUAUCGCUUGGGCUUGGCAGUCUGCUGGCGAUGACGGUAUUGUUGGGUAUCGUCGCCGGGGCUAUGCCCAAGAGUAAUGCGAUACCUUUACUGGGCUAUUACAUCCUGAUCGUAAUCUGCCUAUGCGCAGUCGGCGUGUCCAUCUCGAUGACGUUCCUCGCCAUCGCCAAGCAGUACAUCCAGCGAAAUGAGACACCCUCCCGACAAAUGCUCCGCCUAUUCCUGAUGAAUCCGGAUCGGAAACGGCGAUCGACCGUCUACCGCACGUCGUUCUAUCGGCCGGACUUGAUUCCGAUGGACAAGUGGGUGGAGCAGGAGUGGUCACGCGUUUUCGGGCGUUUCGACCACUUUUUCCUGUUCGUAUUCGAGGUGCUGAACCUGGGCGCGUUGGCCGUGUUCCUGCGCGUCGCCUGGUUCCCCACGCCCGAGCUGCGCACCCAGGUCGUC